ACCGGAGACGGCCCGCCGCGGCUGGCCGUGAGACCUAGGAGAAAUUCAUCAAUUUCAAAAUGUCAUCAGUCAAACGCUUGGUUUAUGCAGUCAUCCAUUUCUUGAGAGAGCAGAGUCAGAUGGAUACUUUCACUCCAGAUGAACAAGAAAGCUUGGAAGUUGCAAUUCAGUGUCUGGAGACUGUGUUUAAGAUUAAUCUGGAAGAUACUCAUCUUGCACCUCCACAGCAUUUGAUAGAAAUGUUCACAAAUUCUUUUCACAAGAAUGACACGCUGCCUCUCUCAGAUUCUUUACCGGAGGAUGUUGAAAAGGCUGACCAACUGAAGGAUGAAGGUAAUAAUCAUAUGAAAGAAGAAAAUUAUGGAGCUGCAGUGGAUUGUUACACUAGGGCUAUAGAACUGGAUCCAAACAAUGCAGUCUAUUACUGCAACAGGGCUGCUGCUCAAAGUAAGCUCAACAACUACAGUGAAGCAAUAAAGGAUUGUGAGAGAGCCAUAGCAAUAGAUCCAAAGUACAGCAAAGCGUAUGGGAGAAUGGGGUUGGCUCUGACCUCAGUGAAUAAAUAUGAAGAAGCAGUUACCAGUUAUCAAAAAGCACUGGAUCUUGAUCCAGAGAAUGACUCUUAUAAGUCAAAUUUGAAAAUAGCAGAGCAGAAACUAAGAGACAUGUCCAGUCCUACUGGAACUGGACUGAGUUUUGACAUGGCAAGCUUGAUAAACAAUCCUGCCUUCAUUAGUAUGGCAGCAAGCUUAAUGCAGAAUCCUCAAGUUCAACAAUUGAUGUCAGGGAUGAUGUCAAAUGCCAUUGGUGGCCCUGCUGCAGGUGUUGGUGGCCUGUCGGAUUUGUCCAGCCUGAUCCACGCGGGGCAGCAGUUUGCACAACAGAUACAGCAGCAGAAUCCAGAGCUCAUAGAGCAACUGAGAAAUCAUGUCCGGAGCAGAUCUUUCAGUGGCAGCACUGAAGAGCAUUCCUGACUUAAAGGAGGCAUGUGAAUUGGAAUGGCAUAUAACCCUAAAAUGCAUACAUAGUUAGUAGCAAAAGCACCAUUGUAACUCUUCUGCUUGAAUAGAAGACAGAAAAUUCUUUGUGCGUGUUUGCAAACAAGAAUAAAUCUGUUAAACAGAUCUAUUGCACAUAACUUGGAACAUAUCAUUUAUGUAUAGUUAAUCCUCUGAAAAUUACGCUAAAUAGGUGGUUUAUUAAAAUCCCUAAGUACAAGUAAUUUUGAGUAUGUGCAUUAGAUUGAUCUCCAGGGCUAUUGAGUGGAGAGGAGUUUUGUAGUGGGCUGAUCUUGCAUAACAGCUUAUUUCUAAAGUCCUAGUGUAAAAGGCAUGUUAUCCUUACAGUGAAGGUCAUUAUGGCUGUAUUCCCUGUCAAAUAGUGAAACAACAGGCCCAUCUGAUCAGCCCUUUUAUAAUGAGCAUAGAUCAGUGUUGGAGUAUAGAAUGUACUUGAAACUAAUGCCUGAAAAGUCUUUUUCUUUAAGCCUGUGGAGGGGCUGUUAUUAUUAACAUGAAAUAUUUUUCAGCUUCAUUGGGCAGGAGGGAGGGAGAUGAUUGCGUAUGAAGGAGUACCACAAAUUGUAGAGAAAGAGAAGGCACUAAUCCCGAGUAGGAUAAUACACAGAACCAAAAUGGAACUUGGCUUGGGAAAGGAAAGAGUAUUUAGAAGUUUUAGGCUUUUCUACUGCCAUGUAUACCCUCAAAUCAUCAUGGUAGCCCUGGAGGUCAGCAUUAUGGCGCUAUUUUCCUAGGCAUGGCAAACUGUAUUACAUUCUGUAUGUAUGCAGUAUUUAAUAUAAGCUUAAAAUUCUUAACUGUAAUAAGCUAAAACUGAUCCUGUGACUGUACAAAUAACUAGUACUGAAAAUUUAUCAAGAAAUAACUGCCUUAGAAAGAAGGAUUCUGUUUUUCUAUUCUGGUGUGGUAAAUCACUGUCUUAAUUAAGGAUUUUUUUUAAGUUUCAUUACAUGUAUCUAUCUUAAGUGAUAGUUAUAUGGCCAAGUUAAAGAUUUUUCCACUCUCUAGUAUUUCUGUUCCUACCCUGGCUUAUCUUGCUCAGUUAAUCUUAUUCUUUCAGAGACCACUGUCUUUCUAUAUUUUUAUUAUGUUAACUUUUUUUAUUCUGCUUACUGUUCACACUGCUUUCUGGUACAAGGUAGACUUGUUUUUACUCCAGGGAGGUUCUCAACACUCACAUUUUCCUCUUUGUGUAUCAAAACUAAUUUGAGGAGCCUGCUUUGAUUCCUAAGAGAAAGUGAUGUCUGCUGGCUAGUUAGACUGGAGAAGGUAUGUGGAGGAAUAACAGUAGACUCCAAAAUGGAGAAAUACACAGGAACUCCUGGAACGCAGACAUAAUGUCUGAUUCAUCUUGUCAAAAAAGAGCACCUCAGGUAGAAUCAAAUGCAAAAUUUGGGGUUAAGUCAUGUACUUGACUCUAACAAAUGCUAGUUGUGCAUCUAUUGUGUGAGUCUUCCCCUACUAAAACUGGGGGGGGAAUGCAGCUGGAUCUAAGGAGAAAUGAAAAGAAUUGGAGAACACAAAACCAGGAAAUCAGUACUACAUCUGUUGAAUAAAGAGGUAAAGAGCAACUUACUUAACUUUAAGACAUUUCAUACUUUAUUCAAUAGAGCUUGCCUAUACACAGCAUUAAAAUGCUUUUUAAAAUUCUCUAUAUAAAGUUGCUGUAGCUACCUUUUUGAGGCUGUAGAGAUACUUAAGCUUUACAUUAAAUACAUUUCGAAGUAACAACUUCUGACUUGCAGCUUUUGUUAGCAGUCAUAGAAUCAUAGAAUGGUUUGGGUUGACAAGGACCUUAAAGAUGAUCUA